AUCCUGAACAGCUCGAGCACAUUUAUGUAUAUGUCCACCAUUGUUGAAGACUUUCAGACGGACAUGAAGUACCUGGGGCAGCUGUACACUCUACACUGCUGUAAGGGUCUAGCCAUCGAGCUGCUGGAUGCUCUCUCUCGAGAUCUUAACUUCAGGUAUGUCGUCUACUUCCAAAACGAGACAGACUUUGGAACUCCCGAGGACGGCAUCUGGACCGGAAUGGUCGGGGACAUCAUCAGCGGGACUGCUGACAUCGUUGCCGGAGCCUUCAGUAUGACGUCAGAACGAAUGAACGUCAUCGACUUCACAGAGCCGUUUUACCAGAACGAGUUUGCUGUUGUCACAGGCCAGGAUGGGAACUAUGUGUCUAUGUGGGCCUUCAGCAGUCCCUUUUCAGGGCAGGUGUGGCUGUGCAUAUCCCUGAGUUCUAUCGUGGCCGGCAUCGCCACGUCGUUCCUGGAGUGGCACAGUCCGUUUGGCCUGAAUCCAAAAGGUCGCAAGAGGACCAAAAACUACGGGCUCGGCUCUGGUCUGCUCAUGGUGGUCGUGCUCAUGACUGGUCACACCAUCAAUAUCAAGGUAAAUCGGCAUAAAUCAUAGAGUAUCAUUAUACUGUACGUGAACGUGCACUCUGACGUCACUUCGGUUCACUGUAGAGCGCACUGUUUG